CACGGUGUACCGGGUGUACCGGAGAUGACAAACCUCGUCCACUUUUCUGACAGAAGCGUGUGUUUUCCUUUGGCGUGCACGACCCUGGUGUGUUCGGCGGCGGACUGUCGGAGAUAAAGGCGGUGGUGAAAGAAGUUUUUCAGAACAAGGUACAGUUUUAGAGCGUUGUAAAGGAGAACAAAACUGAAAAGCACCGCCACUGAAGCGUGCGUGUAACGCGAGUGUGAGUGAUAUUGAUCGUUCGUCAGUUGGAAAGUUCGAGUUCCAUUUUGUAAAAAAAAAAACACCGAGUGGUUCGUGCCGAGCCCACCGAGCAGGUCGUCGUUUCUAGCAGAAAGGUUCCCAGCCAAGGAAGCAACCAACCGCACGCAAAAUGGCCGCGUUCGUCGCUAAGCAAAUGGUCGGCAAUAAGCUGAACGCCGUUAAAGGAGCCGCUGGAGGCGCUGUUGGAGGUGACGGAGGCGACGAUGAGAAUGACAAAGAGAAGGAAGAGGAGGCAGAGCGCGAGCGCCAGGAGGCGAUCCGCGAGGCCGAGGAGCGACGCAAGGAGAAGCACCGCAAGAUGGAGGAGGAGCGGGAGAAGAUGCGACAGGAAAUCCGAGACAAAUAUAACAUAAAGAAAAAAGAGGAAGUGGUCGAGCAGGCACCCCAGGAAGAACCGAACCCGCUGAUGCGGAAGAAGAAAACGCCCGAGGAGCUGGCGGCCGAGGCGGAGCAGGAGGAUCUAGACGACUUCACGAAGUUGAAAAACUCCAUAGAGACGCAGGUGAACGAGAUCAAGACGCAAAUCGAGGGCAAAUGCUCCCUGCAGUGAUUGUGCACCGCGUCGCACCGACUCUACCAACCAAGUAUUCAGUAAUAUUUGACGACCACAGCGACAGCAUGCAACAACACAGCCACAACUACCGGAACAUCCACGUCUCGAUCAGUGCGUCCCCGGCUGCGCCCAACGAUUGUCGUAUCAGUUCGUGGACAUGAAAGGAUCGCUUGCACGAAUGAAAGGGCAGCCGUAUGUGUUGAGAGGCAUAAUACAAGCACUCUCAAACUAACACACACACACAUACCUACAUACAUACAAACACAUCCAGGACUACUAAAGAUGGCCGCUGGAGAUUGGAGCAGCGCAAUGGUGAUCAUUAGCUCGACGCAGCCUGGCUCAACAACGCUGCCGGCCAUCGAGCGCUUCGUGUGUUUGUGUGAAAAUCAGGCGUUACACGUGCAACGUUAUAUGAGAGAAUACAUGACAGAAGAACCGGAAAUUCCUGCACGGAUUUGCAUCGGCAGAGGAACACACCUGCACGGCGCAGGGGAUCAUCCACCAGACACCGACACCCACACGAUGACCUGCACAUCACCAACACCAUUCACCAUCAAAGGCCAGAUUAGACGAACAGACCGGACAACCGACGAGUGACGAUCGAAGCGCUUGGAACGUUUCUUUUCGAGCGCGUUCCACACGUUCAAAUUCCACCAUAAAAGUAGUUGUGAGUUGUAAUAGUGAAAACAAAAAAAAACAUGUAGGAGAAGAAAAUGCGGAAUUGGCAGAGGCAUUGAGGAAAAAAACACAGCAGAGAAGAAA